CCCGCGCUCCUAGAAACCGCAUUGUAUCCAUGAUGGCUGCUGCCUUGAGACGGAGUCUUGUAACAUUGGUCAAGGGUGCGAGUGUGCCCCUGUGGCAGCCAGUGAGCGCGAGAGCCCUCAGCCUCACCGCCUGUCGCAAUGUCCCGGAGGCGCCCCCAGCUCGUGCUGACAGCACCUUCAAGGUUACCAUGGUACCUGGAGAUGGCGUCGGACCCGAGCUCAUGACUGCCGUCAAGGAGGUCUUCAAGGCUGGUGAUGUUCCGGUAGAGUUUGAGGAGUUCCACCUGAGCGAGGUGCAGAACAUGGCCAGUGAGGAAAAGCUGGACCAGGUGCUGACCUCCAUGAAGACCAACAGGGUGGCCAUGAAAGGAAAGAUUCACACUCCCAUGGAGUUCAAAGGAGAGCUGGCGUCCUACGAGAUGAGGCUAAGGAGGAAGCUGGACCUGUUUGCCAACGUGGUCCACGUGAAGAGCCUGCCCGGCUACAGCACUCGCCACAACAACCUGGACCUGGUCAUCAUCCGCGAGCAGACCGAGGGAGAGUACAGCUCCCUGGAGCACGAGAGUGUGACCGGUGUGAUCGAGUGUCUAAAGAUCAUCACUCGUGACAAGUCCCGCCGCAUCGCCAAGUUUGCGUUUGACUACGCCACCAAGAACGGCCGCAACAGGGUCACCGCCGUGCACAAGGCCAACAUCAUGAAACUGGGUGAUGGCCUGUUCCUGCAGUGCUGUGCUGAGGUCGCUGAGCUGUACCCCAAAAUCAAGUACGAGAACAUCAUCAUCGACAACUGUUGCAUGCAGCUGGUGCAGAACCCAUACCAGUUUGAUGUCCUGGUGAUGCCCAAUCUCUAUGGCAACAUCAUCGACAACCUGGCAGCUGGGCUAGUGGGCGGAGCCGGGGUGGUUCCCGGGGAGAGCUACAGCGCCGAGUACGCCGUGUUCGAGACGGGAGCGCGGCACCCGUUUGCCCAGGCCGUGGGCAGGAACAUCGCCAACCCCACCGCCAUGCUGCUGAGUGCUGCCAACAUGCUGCGCCACCUCAAUCUGGAGUAUCACGCCAACAUGGUCUCCGAGGCUGUUAAAAGGGUCAUCAAGCAGGGCAAGGUGAAGACGCGAGACUUGGGCGGCUACGCCACUACCAGUGAUUUUGUGCGCGCCGUCGCGGCCAACCUCCGCCACCGGCCCGUUUAACGAAGAACCUCAGGCGCCCACUGAGCCAACCGACCCCACCCCACCCCACCCCAUGUCCCCACCACCCCACCCACCUCGUCUCCUCUCGUCUCCUGCCCCCCUGCCUGCCCUCCCCUGCCCUCCCCACACCCCGGACCACCUGCCACAUGCCGUGGAUCUGCCCCUGGGAUGCCCCGACUAGGCGUACUUCAACUAAACAGUUUACUGGGGCGUUAAGGACAAGAGUUCCAUGCCACCCUCCACUCCAUUUUGUGUUUCUAGUCUCUCAGAUGAGAGAAAGGUUCCUUAGGUUCGGCUCCCUCGUAGAAGAACCAUUCACUGACCUCAAGUACCCCAGUUUAAGUAAAAGAUGUAAGGGUUCCCUUUUAGAACCUGUUCUGCUAUGAUUACACGCCCAGGAGAACCUUUAAACGGUUUUAGAUAACGGUUUUCUAUUUAAAGACUUGAUUGUUCCACAGUCUCUGGAUCAGGCGAUCUGAUCGGUGCUGUGAUAAGCCCGCUCACUGCUCAGAUUCUUUCCACUUCCUCCUCUGUUGUCUGUCUGUCUUUCUCUCUCUCUCUCUCUCCCUUUGCUUAUCUCUUCUCUACUUCUGUCCCUUCUCUCUGAGUCUUCUGUCUCACACGUGUGUGUGUGUGUGUGUCUCUCUCUCUCUCCUUUCCCCUUUGUCCUGUGUGUACCUUCUUAUACUGCUUGUCUGUCUGUCUGUCUUGUCUCUUUGCAUCUCUUCUGCCAGAUCACCCUUGUCUGCUUGACUCCCUGUACCUGCUGCAUUGUUAUAUACUCUGCUGGGAUUUUCUGACAACCGGAUAGAUUUCUGCUGUGUGUGCGUGUGUGCGUGUGUGCGUGUGUGCGUGUGUGCGUGUGCGUGUGUGUGUGCGUGUGUGUGUGCGUGUGUGUGUGCGUGUGUGUGUGUGUGUGUGUGUGUGUGUGUGUGUGUGUGUGUGUGUGUGUGUGUGUGUGUGCGCGCUAUAGUCUGUCAGAGGGAACGGAAGAGCUAAGCCAGUGCCCUGAUCACAGAUUCCACUGCCACUGUAAAAGAUCCUAUCUGCAGUCGGUCUUUUCCUGAACCAGACUGUCAGCCGUGACGUACAGCAGCCCUCCCAGUGUUCUGUUUGCAGAGCUGGAGUGUGUGUGUAUGUGCGCGUGCGUGCAUGCAUUUAGAUUACUGGCCUUCAAGCUUUGCUUCUAGUUUUGUCUUCUAUUUGCUUUUGUCUUCUUUCUCUCACUAUUUUGGUGAACUGUAAUGAUCCAUACAACCCCUCCUCUCCCCGAAAUUCCUUUACUACCUCAACUCAGGGUUAGACUCUCCCAGCAAUUUCUUUAUGAAAUCUCUCUUCCUCUCUCUGUCUCUGUCUGUCAAUCUCUCUCUCUCCCUCUCUCUCUCUCUUUCUUUCUUUCUCUCUGUCUCUCGCUCUCUUUGUCUCUCUCUCUCAUUCCUACCUCUGGUCAGUUCUGACUCCUGAGCCAGUGAGGGGUAUCCGUUACGCAGGGCUUUCGUACCUGAUCGUCCACUCACCAGCUAUCACUGGUCCAAUCACUGGGCACCCCGCCAAUGACCAGUAGCCUACCAAAUGACGCAGUAUUAGCUGUUGCCAUAGAAACUCCUAUAGAACAUUCUUAACUAGUCAGUGACUGCUUCUGAUUGGACGGCAGCUGGUCCAAUGAAAUGCUCUGUUAAUACAGUGGAACAGUCGUCAUCGGUUGAUGGUGUUUCGCGCUGUGUCGUAAUGCUAAGGGAUAUUUUUUAUCUGUAACAUUGCUGCUAGCCGAUGCUUUAGCAUUUGCGCUUUAAAAAAAAAAAAAAGCUUUUGUCUUAAAUUGAUAUGUAUCAUUUUUUUGUUAUGACGGUUUCCUAUGUGGGGUCAUUUCUAGUGUAGAGGUCCACUGGUUUCUUAUUGGUUGGGAGAAAACACUGUGCGGAGACGAUAGCAAUCAUGAGUCAGUCUCAUCAGUGAGUGUCAUCAUCUCGGGGCCACAGCGUAGGUUGAUCAUGCUGUUGCCUGUGUCAUAUCAUGCUGUUGAACAGUCAAAUAAACAAUCAAUUAACUCUGAA